UCUUAUGCUCGUUCCGGGGCGCCGCUGUCAGGCACUGUGCACCGUACGCUUUCUGUCGGUGAGACACACACUGAGUGAUGCGCGACCAGCCAGCACCAUCCCUCACAAAUCCCAAACGGAGGUGACUUGAUCAGCAUAUGACAUUCUCCAGGUCAUCGCCUGGAGCAAACAGUAGAGCUGCUCUGCCUACCUACGGAUAUCAGAUCAAUCCAGUAACAAUGCAUGGCCUCUAAGCCGUUAGCCAUGGCUCAUAGGAAGAGGCCGGGGACCAGUGGAGGAAACAGUAUGGCUGCUCCAGGCCCCGCCCCCUGUCCCACCCCUCAUCCUACAGAGUCAUGUGAUCUGAAAGCCCUCCCCCCUAGGCAACGCCCAGUCCGCUACCCCAAAGAGCCUCAUGAUCUGAAACCACUCCCCCGUUCCUGUAAGGCACAAUAUUCUUCCCGCAAGCCUCAAGACAUAAGUCACAGUCAUCCAGAAGUGGAUGUAGAUGCAGAGGUUGAAGUGAAGCGGUACAGCAACCAAGCAGAACCAGAACUGGAGGACCAGCGGCCAGCAACACCCUCCACGCCAGAACAUGAGCAUGACCAAGAUGACCAUGACCGGGCAGACUUCCAUGGUGGAGCUGACAGCCUGGACGAUGACUCCAGCUCUGACUACAUUAAUAACACCUCUGAUGAUGAAGAGGACUAUGAUGAUGGGCUCGCAGAGGAGGAUGAAGGUGUGACUUACUACAUCCGCUACUGCCCAGAGGACGACAGUUACCUGGAAGGUAUGGAUUGCAGCAGCCAGGGAGACUGCAACCACAGCCACAGUCAGGGGAACUGCGCCAACACCGCGCAGCCGGGCGGAGCUCACACCGAUGAAUGUCAGGAGGCUGUGGAAGGGUGGGCCGAGGAGGGCGAGGGUGAGGGGGAGGUGAGAGAGGAAGAAUGGGUGGAAGAUGAGGAGGGAGAGGGGGGGGAGGUUCGCUGUGAGGUGGUGGAGCAAGAUCCGGAUGAACAGAUAUACAAUGGAAGACCAGAACCCAUCCUGGACCAUCACCAUCACCACCAUCUCCACCACCAACCCCCCAUGCAAGACACCCUGCACACCCGAGAGGAAGAGGAGGAGGCGGAGAGCGAGGAGUACUGCCCUAAUGAGGAAGAAGACGAGGAAGGUGACGAGGAGGAGAGACAUGGGAGGGCCUACACUGGUGACUACUAUGCCCCGGAGGACAAUGGGAACUCAGUGCGAGUCUCUCCGUACCGUAGCCGUAAGGUGCUGGUGGUAGAGGGUGAGACAGGGGAGGAGGCGGAGGAGGACAUUGACCAAAUUGUUGCGGAGAUCAAGAUGAGUAUGAGCAUGGGGAGUCUAAGCAGCGGCACUGACCAAAGCCCAGAGGAGCUGGCGCAGGACCCUGCACCAAGUGACUACCCUCACCCCAAGCCUGACCCAGCCCCCUACCCACCAGUUCACCAUCGCCACGACAGCAGGCCCAAGUCCCUGAACCUGCCCUCCAUGCACCACAACAACCCUGACCUCCAGAGGGGCAUCAAGGCACAUGCACGCUCCCCUGAGGACAGACAGAGAUGGCAACCGGAGCAGGUGAGCAAUGGUGCAGAGCAACCCAGAAAACAGCAGCGCUCCGACCUCAACGUUCCCCUGGAGAACAACAAUGUACCAGAGCCAACAAAGAAGGUUGCAUCGUUUCCCAGCUUUGUCGAUGUCCCAGGACCCUGUGAACCCGAAGACCUGAUUGAUGGAAUUAUCUUUGCUGCUAACUAUCUGGGCUCCACUCAGCUGCUGUCUGAGAGGAACCCGUCCAAGAACAUACGCAUGAUGCAGGCCCAGGAAGCUGUCAGCAGGGUCAAGAGGGUACAGAAGGCUGCCAAAAUCAAGAAAAAGGCGAGUGCAGACGGAGAUGCUCAAACCCUCACCGAGGUCGAUCUGUUCAUCUCCACCCAGAGGAUCAAAGUCCUCAACGCGGACUCACAGGAAACGAUGAUGGACAACGCUCUCCGCACCAUAUCCUACAUUGCCGAUAUUGGGAACAUCGUGGUCUUGAUGGCGAGACGCCGGAUGCCACGCACAGCCUCCCAGGACUGUAUUGAAACUACACCCGGGGCACCCGAGGCAAAGAAGCAGUACAAGAUGAUAUGCCAUGUCUUUGAGUCGGAAGAUGCCCAGCUUAUCGCUCAGUCCAUCGGCCAGGCGUUCAGCGUAGCUUACCAGGAGUUCCUGAGAGCCAAUGGCAUUAACCCUGAGGACCUGAGCCAGAAGGAGUACAGCGACAUCAUCAACACCCAGGAGAUGUACAAUGAUGACCUCAUUCACUUCUCCAACUCUGAAAACUGCAAAGAGCUGCAGCUGGAGAAGAGUAAAGGGGAGAUCCUGGGUGUGGUGAUAGUGGAGUCCGGCUGGGGCUCCAUUCUGCCCACAGUUAUCUUAGCCAACAUGAUGAACGGCGGGCCAGCGGCUCGUUCUGGCAAGCUCAGCAUCGGAGACCAGAUCAUGUCCAUCAACAACACCAGCCUAGUGGGGCUGCCACUCGCCACAUGUCAGGGAAUCAUUAAGGGCUUGAAGAACCAGGUUCAGGUGAAAAUGAACAUUGUCAGUUGCCCUCCUGUUACCACCGUCCUCAUUAAGAGACCAGAUCUAAAGUAUCAGCUGGGUUUCAGUGUCCAGAACGGCAUCAUAUGCAGUCUGAUGCGAGGAGGCAUCGCUGAGCGAGGUGGGGUCCGCGUGGGUCACAGGAUCAUAGAGAUCAAUGGGCAGAGCGUGGUGGCCACAGCACAUGAGAAGAUCGUCCAGGCCCUCUCGAACUCUGUUGGCGAGAUUCACAUGAAGACGAUGCCGGCAGCCAUGUUCAGACUUCUAACAGGACAGGAGACUCCUAUGUACAUAUAAACGAUGGCCAGGGACCGUUCCACAGGACAGGCCAUCAGCUGUGAUUGGUUAUCAUACGGGGCAAACCAAGCUGACAUCAGUGACGGGGCAGAGGAUCACUUCUCCCUGUCCUCUUUUUUUCUGCCUAUUUUCGUUGAGCUGAUGACUUCAAGUCUUCAUCAUCUCUCCUUUGUCUGUGCUUAACAUGCAAUGGCCAUUUUAUUGACAUGAGAUGCUUUUUCCAUCUGACCAGCUGAAGAGACAGCGUGUGUGUGCGUGUGUGUACGUGUGUGUGUGUGUUAUUUAUUUGUCUUGUCUGUGCUUUUCAGUGUCACAUCAGUAAGAACAUGUGGACGGACUUAUCGAGUGAAUGCGUCACAAUUUAUUUUUUUAUAUCCAUGUAAUGCAAUAUGAUACUUCUACUAUACUCCUUGUAUAGUUUCAUUUUCUUCUCUGUUUAUUUAUUUCUCAUGUAAAUACAUAUUUUGCUAAUAUUGCGAGUGAAGGCGGUUGAGGGGGAGGAGCCACAGCUGCAUUGUAAAUAUUUAUUGAAUCUCACUAUUGAAUUGAAAGCGGUCCGCCAUGAUGGCAACGACACAAUUAAAUGCCGGAUGUCGUAGUAGUUGCCAGUGAAAAGGGGAAUGAGUUAAGUGUUUGGGUUUAAAUAUGCUACGUUGAUAUGAUGUACAUGUAAAUCAAACCAAUGCUCGCAGCAGGGGUUUAUGGGAGAAACGCCAUAUCCUUUUAAUUUCCUUCAUUUAACGGCAAUACACGAGUUCAACCUUCGGAGUCUUUUCUAAAUCUCAUGUACAAACACUCACAAACAUUUAAACAACAAGCAGCCGAGUAAAACUAUUAACAUGCAUCAGUUAUGCUUUUGAUAUCAAAGUCACAUGUAUGAAAAAUGAAGUUUUCUUUUGUGUGCUACUCUACUGUAUGUUCAUCUCUAGUGUUCCUGACUGAAACUCAUGCCUACUAUGAGUGGAUUGUGAAUGUAACUGUGUUGUGUGAGCUGUCCCAUUGCCAUAAGCAGUAUUAGAAUGUCUGUACAUAAAGAGAAACGUGUCUAGUAUUGUGCUCAUGUUAAAACAAAAAGGAAACACACAGGUUUAGUCACUGCAAACAUCUUCCCACCUGUAUGUUGGCUUUCAGUCUCGAGAGGGAAAGAACAGAACUGUGAAUCACACACACUGUGACAGAAACGAGCCUUACCGCCAGGUAAUGCUUUUACAAUGCAUUGUAGUAAAUUUUAACCAUAUGAACAUUAUCUGUGUGCAUGCCUCGUAUAGUAGUUUCAUGUCAUUGUGGCAAGAUAAUAAAAUCUGAGCUAAACCUGG